AUGAUCUAUUGUGGUGAUGAUGACGACUUUGCAGGAUUCACCUACAAUUCAUUUAUCAUUAAGACUGAAAGUGAUGACGAAGCCCUCGUCACAAGAGGAAAACUCAAGGCGAUUCAUGAAAAUUUAGAUUUGUUGCUCCAAUCAUCCAAAGCUUCAUCUGGUGAAGAUUAUUCACAAGAAACUGGCAAGUCGUUCCUUGAGACUCUUACGAAAGAGCAAUCCGCCAACCUUGAAAAGAUGAACAAGGUUGUAGAUGAUUUUGCUUCAGUAUGCAACAACAUGAAUGAAAAAGUCGAUAAAAUAAUUACAGAUGCUCAAUCGUUCACGGAGAAAUUUCAGAGCUCCUUUGAGUCUAACACCGUGAAGGCUAAUGAAAUAACAAAGCAUCAGGAGGACUUAGCCACUGAGAGCAAAAUCAUGGAUGCUCUGGCUUUAAAGACUGAGAAGUUGAAAGUCUUGACGGUCAAAUUAGAGAAUGUUGAGAAACGAGUCAAUGAUUUGUUAUCUGAAAAAGAUGUUAUAAAAAGUUCUAUAAUAGAUGUGAAUGCACUACUUUCAGAUAUCAUUGAGACUCGUGACUUGAUGAUCAUGAUAAUAGUUAAGAAGCAUCUCUCUGAAAAACUUCAGCCAGGGUUCUCAAUGCUCAAUUGA